UCCCUCUGAGCUGUGCGCACUUUGCGGAGCAGCCACUUGCUGCACACAGGAGCAGAUGCAGAGUCCAGCUCUGGUCCCCCCCGGCCACAGGUCAGGCUCCGAGUCAGACUCAGGACGAGCGCAGAGGAUGGAUUUCUAUCACUUCUCUUUUCUUUGCGGGGCUCUUGUGUUCGUGUGGGACAUGCCCUGUUUCCAGACUCUCGUUAUUUUCCCUCCAGCUGCGCCGAAAAGCAGCAAAGCGGCGAAAAUGUUUAAUUCACAAGAAGCGUCUAAAUAUUUUAAGGAGUUUUACGCUCGACCCUCACAGGACAGAUACAACAAAGCAGCACCUAAAGACUUAAUUGAGCCGCAUGACUACAUGUUGUCUAUUUACAAGACAUUCUCCACGGCGGAGAAGCUGGGUCUCAAUGCCAGCUUUUUCCGUUCUUCAAAAGCUGCAAACACUAUUGCAAGUUUUGUGGACAGCGGACAAGAUGACCUCCCACUCUCCCCUCUGAGGAGACAACAGUAUCUGUUCGAUGUCUCAACCCUUUCUGAAAAAGCGGAGGUGCUGGGAGCCGAGCUCAGGAUUUACACCAAAGCGUCUGGGAAUUUCAGGAUAUCGGAAACAGAGCCUGUCGACAUCCAGCUCCUCUCCUGCCACGACCAGCAGCUGCUCGACUCCAAAACACUGGACCUGCAGGGUUCCCACAGGCCAAGGUGGGAGGUGCUGGACGUGUGGGAGAUAUUCAAGGAGCGACAACACCUGAGCCAGGGGAAGCACUUCUGCCUGGAGCUCAGGGCCAUGCUGGACAAUCCUGAGAGGGAGCUGGAUCUGCAUCUUCUGGGACUGCACCGACAUGGGAGGCCUCAGCAGAAGAAGGCCAUCUUAGUAGUCUUCACCAGGUCGAAGAAGAAGCAGACGCUCUUCAGCGAGAGGAGGGAGGGGAGAGCCUUACUGGGCCUCGAGAAAAGCCCCAAAGAGAGGGGCCCUGGCACUAAAGCCAGCAGGAGACGCAGGACUGCGGCAUCCAAAACCCGCCAUGGGAAGCGACAUGGCAGGAAGUCGAAAUCCAGGUGCAGCAAGAAGCCCCUCCAUGUGAACUUCAGAGAUCUGGGCUGGGACGAUUGGAUCAUUGCCCCGCUGGACUAUGAGGCGUACCACUGCGAGGGGGUGUGCGACUUCCCCCUGCGCUCCCACCUGGAGCCCACCAACCACGCCAUUAUCCAGACUCUGAUGAAUUCAAUGAACCCUAGCAACAUGCCUCCAAGCUGCUGCGCCCCAUCCAAACUCAGCCCCAUCAGCAUCCUCUACAUCGACUCAGGAAACAAUGUGGUGUACAAGCAGUACGAGGACAUGGUGGUGGAGUCUUGUGGUUGCAGGUAGUACGCCCAGCAGGGGUCGUGGCUUACCUUGACCUCCUGGGAAUUGAACUGCAUCACAGUCAACGUGGAGGAAAGCCUGUAUCUGAAAUAAAGAGAACUUUAUUUAGCAAGAUGGAGACAUCAACUAAAGUUGAGAAGCAUUUUUCUUUCAAUUAUGCAUCCAACACAGUCAUCUUGAUACCUCAAACAUCUCUUUUUGUCCAUCUCCUCACCUUUUUUUUAAAAAAAAGAAAAUCAAUCUAGUCGCCUGAAACUCUGCAAUUACCACAAAUUUGUGGACAAAUAAAAAUGCAUCUCAUCGCCAAAUUAAUAAAAUACUAAAUGCAAAAAGUUGAGCAUGUUCUUGCAAAGAUUUUGAUGAAAAGGAUGAUUUCAUAUCUGUAUUCUAAACCCUGCAGCCUGGUCGUGUCCUAAAGAAAUAAAAUUUAUCCAAACAACCACACAAAGGUAGUCCAGAUAAAUAAAUCCACCCUGCAAUAAAUGUAGAUGUAAAUGUAUUCAGAAAAGGCAUAAAUAUGUUAUCUUUACAAAAACAGGUUCUGGUAAUACAAGCUAGGUAUACGCAAAGUGGACGUUAUGUGGCUGUCUGUUCACAACCAUUUAAUAACCAAAUUUGUUGUCAUAGUUAGUCAAACACAGCAAAGAAGCAGCAGCCACCACCAUCUGUAAAUAACAGCUUAUUUGCUGACAGACUAUUACCUGUCACAAGACUGAUAAAGGUGAUGAUUCAGACAUGCAAACUUUCCACUUUAUGAUGAGCUCAGCUGCUUAUGGAAGCUGCAAGCAAGAGACUGGUUUCCAUACACAAAUCCAGGAAUCUUCAACAAAGAAUAAACCUUCAGUUUAUAUGCUGAACCUUACAAAAGAUUGGAUUAAAUUAAAUGUGUAAUUUGUAUCAUUUUUAGCCUUUUUCUAUAAAGUUAAAGGACCUCGAAAGGAAACUAUAUUAUCAAUGAAUCACCCACAACAAUAAAACCAUCUGCCAAACUUGGACACAGGUCUAACCCAUGAGGGCAUGGAGACAGGAUGUCUGGUACCAGAGACCUGGUUCUAAAACGUUUUGAAGAAGUCAAAAAACAGUUUUUAAGUGAUUAUUAACAAUGAAAUAAAGAUCUACUUUGAGUUUAUUAAGUAGAGGUGUAUGUCAUCAGUGCAGUAACUUCAUUCUUAGUUUUGUUUCAUAUCUAUAACAUCCACUUUGCUCAGACACAGUGGCAGUGGCUCUUUUGGGCUCUGUUCUUUAAAUGUGAGGCCUCCACGGAUGCUUGGAUUAGUCUGGGAGUGGGGAGUCUGGAGGUCAAGUCAAUGAUCUGAGCUCCUUAUCAUGUUCUUAGGUAGUUGCUUCAGUGUAGAUGGGCAUAUUGUGCUCACUGCCAUUGAGGAGUCUACCUGGUAUCUUACUUGUCAAACGAACAUCCACAUGAAAGCCAGAAUCUUAGGUUUCCCAGCAGACCGCUGCAUUGUAUAUGGUUGAUGUUAUUCCCAUCAGCUGUCAGUGGUUUUAUUGUUUUGGCUCAAUUUUUCUCUGGUCAUUUUCAAAAGAAGGCCUUGGAAUAAAAAAAAAAAACUAUCCAGAUCUCUUCAUCUGUUAGCUCAGUGUUUUACAUAAUAUGUAAUAACUUUACAUCCAGUUUCACUAGAACAAUAAAAUGUUUCCAGUUAUUUUAAUAUAGAAUUUUUGCUGACUGAACAAACUGACUGAUUACGCUCUUUCCAGCUGUUUCUUCUGUAAACCAACUUCAGGUAAACACGUUCAGCAUAAUGGAAGUUUUGAUUUUUUAUCUCUGCCAGGAUUAAAAUAGCAGAUUUUCAGCACCUGACAUGGCCUAUGACUCAGGGAACGUCUGCCGAACGACCAAUGUUCACAUCUUUUCAUCAAAACCGUCGCGGGUUUCCCACCGCUUUAUGUUUGAGAUGAUUAUAUAGAUGCAAUAACUUUGUCUGUAAUGCACUGAUGGUCAAAGGUGCCAUGUGUAAAUAUUUGGUAUGGAAAUAAUAAUUUAAGUCAUGUGAAUAAGUUAUUGCAUUUACUUUGUCCGCUUUGUUCUGUUACAACUUCCAGACGGCGUGAGUCACACAUCUGGAGGUUCAGGCUCAAAUAAACACACAUGGGUAAUGUUUUUGUAAAGAAAUGUGACAGAUUGUGAAAUAUCAGAUUUCUAUCAGUGUUUUUAAUGUACAUAUAUAAACAGGAAAUAAUUAUCCACUGAGACAAAAAAGAAAAAAAGAUUAUUUUUGGUGUUGUGAAUUUAUCUUAGUGGCACAUUUUAACUUUUUAUACUUUACGCUCUGCAAUAUUUACUGGCAUCCAAAAAUAAUAUAUUACAACAACUGACAGAAACAGUGUUGUUGCACACUGUGUUUUAUUGGAACCUCUCAUUUCUAUAAUAAAAGUGUGCUACUCUAUGAAGCAGAAAUUCCUGAAUAAUGUAUUUUUGCAGCAUUAAAUAUUCUGUUUGCAUAACCAAAUUAACACAUAAACUGUAUAAAGAU